UAUCGCCAUAAAUAAUUGGGGGAAGCCACUGCGCUUGCGUGUUGCGGAUCAACGUUUAUACCCAUUCACCCCCAUUCAUGUAAAACAUUCCUAAAUAUCUUCCCGUGGAGUUGUUUCUCGCGUAUCCUACAGAAGAUGUGCCCCUCCGCCCUGCUCGCAGUCCUUUACAGCCUUCCUUUUGCUGUGGGUUGGGUCGUACUUGGUGACAGAGAAGAAGUUCAGAUGGUUUGUGCCGGGAAGGAAUUUCGUUUGCCGGUCUACUCUACAUCAAGAACUGUGACUUUUACUCAGAACUCUGCAGGACCGAGGCGCAUUCUCCUCGAGAAGACCAUUGUAAAUGACCCUCGUUUUGAGUGGACCAAAGAUAAGAUGCUGGUCCUGAAAAAUGUGACCCAUGCGGACCAGGGACUUUAUUCAAUCAAACUGUCUUCCGGAUUCACCUAUGAAACCGUUCGUCUGACAGUUUCAGAAUGCAUCAAGUCCUACUACAGAAACUACGGCGAGAACUUUGAGCACAACAUCCCCGAGAACAGCUUCGUACUGGAGUUUGCUCCCCGAGGCGCUCCAUCUGAGGCGAUGCCAAUAGUCCUGUGGAACCGGACUGACCCUGAUACCAGCGUUGCGGGUCGGGGCAGGCUGCUGCGAGACAGGAAGGUGUGGGUGGCUGACAGAGUGACGCAAGCCGACCAAGGCAACUACACAGUGCGUGACGCUGAGGGGAAAGUGUUGUCUCGCAGCACUCUCACUGUCCGCGGACACAUUUUCAAUGUGACCCGCUUCACCAAAGAGUCUCUGAACCUCCCUCUCUUCCUCCCCGUGCCACGUGCCUACCUCAUCUUUACCCCCACCCGACACCUCGAUGAAUCCUCGUUGGGGCCUUUCGACUCCAAGCCCUCCCGCGGCCCCGUGCAGUUAAUGCGGGAGGGCCACAUCACUGACAAUGACAUGCGGUAUAGAGGCCUGGUCUCCGUGGGCAGGAAUGGCUCCGUCAACGAGGUGGUCAUUGCGAGGCUGACCUCGAGGCACGAUGGCGUCUAUGAGAUCAGAGACAUUAAUGGCAACCUGGUGUCAUCCACCUUGUUGCAGGUGAUUGAAAGGGGGAGCAGGUGGCGAGCUCUUCUCAAGUCCAUCACUGUCCCUUCCGGCAUGUUUGUGUCUCUGGCCGGUUUCAUCCUGUUCAUGAAGCGUUACCCCAACUGCAGCUUGUCGCAGCUCAUCGCCUGCCUCAGGACGAACCGGACGCCACAAGCCCAGCCCCCAAGGGUCAACAUCCAGAACUACAGCCAGCCAAGCCCUCAGCCAGCGGGAUACUAUAAUCACGGCCAGCAGCAGGGGACACCGAGAAAAUGGACGCCGAGAGCCAGUCCAAUUCAUACUGGUUACACUCCCGUUAUGGAAAGAGCUCCACCUCAACUCACUCCUGUUCACGCGAGGGCUGAAAAUUAUGAAAGCCAAAGACGUGUGAGCUCCCCCUGUCACAAUUCAACUGCAGAGGUAACGUCAAAUGAGGAAGAAAGGAGGAUUUCCUUUCCAGUGCCUGGAGCAUCAGAUUGCCUGCAGUCCUCCGAAGGUUGUGUUCAGUUCCAGAUCAAAAAGGUACCAGUUCAAGAAAGAUGGAGCAGCACAAAUGAGUGUUAUGCCGCUCUGCCGCUGGAUACAGAUACGUCUGACACCUGCAGCGUUUAUACUUCCGAAAAGCUGAACUUCUUAUAGUGCAUGGAGUGGUGGCAGAGAAGCAUGUGGAGAAAGAGAAGAAAAACCUCACCUGUGCCUUUUGCAACAAAGUCUAUAUUGUGCUUCCAGUGGUUUGACAUCCAUAUUGCAUGCCAUUAUUGUCAGUGUAAUGGUAUUUUUGAAGCAUGAGCUGAAUAUUAUCCUUCCUGCUUUAUACAUUUAUUCACUCUGACUCUGCCAGAGAUUCGUAAGUCUCCGCUGUCCUCUGAUGCUACCUACCUCCAGACCCUCAGGACCACCGUGAUAUGCACUGUAUAUAUUUGCUGAAUCUGAAAAGUGUUUGCGUGUGCGCUCAGUGAGCUCGCUACGUAUCGAGGGCUAGAAAUAGAAAUUAGGCUGUGUUUGAAAAAGGGAACAUUAACUCACCGUACUAACAUAGAGAAGGAAUUUAUUCUUGUCAUUAACCUAUUCAAACUGCAAUGAAUUAUCAUGUUAAAUGUCUGUGAUGUAAGAUCAUAAUUUUACCAUAAGAACUCCUGGGGCACAGUGCAACCAUGAAAUGUUCUGUACAAAUUUCCCACCAAAUUUUGUAACAACCUGUGAACCUUGUCAAGAGCAAAAUAUUGAUCACCAAAUCCAUCCGGGUAACGAAAACGACUGAACUUGUAAUAUUUUUGCAAUAUGAAAACGUGUAUCAUUCCUUUUAAAAUAAAUAUAUCUCUUAUCA